UCAGCGUCAUUUGUGUUCUUCGAUUUAUAGAAAAGACCGCAGAUAGCAGUUGUCGUGGUCCAGGGCGACUUAAAAAAAAAAAAGAGAAAGGACACACGGCGAAGAUAUUUGGAUCUUCAUACUAGAGGACUACUCAAUCCUUCUGGGUUCAAGUUAAGGAUUCAAGGCACUUUAAAGACACUUGUUCGCAAACAAACCGAACCUGUUCAGGCAUUUGGGGCGCACGAAGAAAGAAAAGGAUAAACCGCAACGUCUAGUCAUGUCUCGCAGAAGAAGCCGCAGCCCAUCACCAGUGCGAUUUUCGCGCACCUGCAGCAGUACCGAUCCAAGGGAUUUGGAGAGAAGGAUUUUUGUUGGGAAUUUGCCAACGUCUGACAUGACGAACAAGGAUUUGGAAGACCUUUUCACUCCAUACGGGAAGAUAGUUGGCGUGUCCUUGUUUCGAGGUUAUGGAUUUGUUCAGUUUGAGCGCCUUGAGGAGGCUGAAGCUGCAAGAGCAGCUCAAAAGGGCCGAAUAUAUAAAGGGUACAAACUAGAUGUAAAUAUGGCAGUGGAGCGACGGCAAGCUAAACCUCAAUCCCAGCAGAGCCCUCCUCGAAGGCUCCCAUAUGGCAAAGAGGCCCGGCCUCGAUCGCGCUCACCUGUUUACGGGCGUGAUGCGAGGGAGCCUCGGGACAGUCGUGAUGCCAGGGACUCUGCCAGGGAGCCCAGGCCAGCUACCCACUCCCGUGACCCUGAAUAUCGGUACCGCGCAGAGAGCAGAGACAAGGACGUCAGGGGAGAUCCUCGGGAUUCCGCUUACAGAGAUGAGUAUGACAGGUACUACCGCAGCGGCAGUGCUGCAGAGGACUAUUACAGGAGGAAGGAUGAACCCUACAGGGACCCUUACUUGGAUCCCUGGAAUGGACGUCGUGAGCCUGGAGUAGAUGAUCGCGCUCGGCCAGAGGAACGUCGUCGCAACGAACUGUAUCGGCAGUACUAUGAAGAGCUGCAGCGGCGCUACGACACGGACCGUCCUGUGGAUUGCUCUGUGAUUGUUGUGAAUAAGGCGCAGAAUAGGGAGUAUGCUGAGACGGUCGGGCGGAAAGUACGGGAUUUGGGAAUGGUUGUGGAUCUGAUCUUCCUGAACACAGAAGUUUCUCUCACCCAGGCUCUGGAGGACGUAGGCAGAGCCCGAACUCCCUUUGCCAUCAUCAUCACUCAGCAGCAUCAGCUGCACCGCUCUUGCACUGUCAACAUCCUGUUUGGUACACCUCAAGAACAUCGAAACAUGCCGAUGCAAGAUGCUAUGAUGCUGGUUGCCCACAACUAUGACACCUAUAAAGUGGAGAACCGUGAAAAAGAACGGGAGGAAAUUGCAAGAAAGGCUGCCAAGAUGGCGGAUGAUGUGUUACUCCGGGAACCUGACAGAGAGAGCCAUCCCAUUUCAGUUCUCACCAGCAUCACGCUGCUGGUUGAAAACAGGUUUUUAACCCCAGAGGAGCUGGACAGUCUCGUUGCGUACCUGAAGGACAAAAGAGCUCGUCUUGUAAGACCCUCUGAAGAUUCUCUUGCAGCUCAUGCAGCUUCUUCAGUGGCACAUCAUGAUGUCCUCCCAUCAGCUGCAGGACUCGCUCCAUCUUCACUCAGCGCCUCCCAGCCAAGUCACCUGUCUGCUGGCUCCAGCGCCUCAGCCAACCCGAGUCAUCAGCAGGAGCUGCAGGCUAAAAUCCUUAGUCUGUUUAACAGCGGCUCCAGCCCGUUAUCAGGAACUACUGGCGUCUCUCAGAGUGCCCCUCAGUCACAUUCCUAUAGCUCUCAUGGUUCCGCCCCUUCCCAAAAUCCAGCCCGUGCACCCAUGCCAGGGCUAGCUCCAGGUGGAUCUCAGGGUUACGGCAUCCCAAUGGGCCGUUUGACCCCUGCAGCUGCUGCUCAGAGACCCCCCGCAUCCUCUUCAGGUAUCAAUUUUGACAACCCAAGUGUCCAGAAAGCUCUCGACACACUCAUUCAAAGUGGGCCGUCUCUGAACAACCUGGUGGGUCCUGGGUCUGCUCAGCCGCUGCCCCAGAGAUCAGCUCCCAGCAUGGGCCAGGGCCCCCCCAUGUCCAUGUAUCCUCGCCAUUAUUGAGGGGCCGUGGGAGACAAAUGAGAAGUUAGACGCAUAUACCACAACCUUUACUGUGAUAGAUUCUUAAGCUUCGUGUUGGUAGUCUCUGGAGAUGUUUUGUAAAGGUUUUAUAUUUCUCCUCAGUUCUGUGCUGUUAAAUUUGAAUGGUUUCCCUAGAUAACAAUGGUUUGUCUCUUCAGCUUGCUGGAAAUGUUUUUGAAUCUUUUAACAUGUGGAUUAAACAAACAGGUUAUGAAGUAUCUUUUGGUUUGUGAUAUAGAUGGUUCUUUUUAGCCUUUCCCUGGUAAUAUUUUACAGUUUUCGAUUGUGCUGUUUAAUCUGUACUUUUGUUUUCAUUGACAAAAUGCGAUUAAAAACUUCAGACACAGAUUCUGUAGUAAAAUGA